AGGAUGAGUCAUCCGUUUGAGGGAAUCCCUGAGCGAAGCAACCAUGCCCGCGGAACCAGUCAAAGCGCCCAAGAAGGGCUCAAAGAAAGCCGUCUCCAAGGCCACCAAGACCGGCAAGAAGAGGAGAAAGUCCAGGAAGGAGAGCUACGCCAUUUACGUGUACAAGGUGCUGAAGCAGGUGCACCCCGACACCGGCAUCUCCUCCAAGGCCAUGGGCAUCAUGAACUCCUUCGUGAGCGACAUCUUCGAGCGCAUCGCCGGCGAGGCCUCCCGUCUCGCGCACUACAACAAGCGCUCCACCAUCACGUCCCGCGAGAUCCAGACCGCCGUGAGGCUGCUGCUGCCCGGGGAGCUGGCCAAGCACGCGGUGUCCGAGGGCACCAAGGCCGUCACCAAGUACACCAGCUCCAAGUAAACAGCCCUGCUGUAACACCACCAACUACAACAACCCAAAGGCUCUUUUAAGAGCCACCCACAGACUCUUAAGAGCUCCUUUCCUUCUUUCUUAAACUCACGUUUCAUGUAUUUGUGUUCACUAGUUAGCCGCCUAGCUGUUGCUUGUGUAGGGACAAUGUACAGGCUCUGUAAUCUGGAUUACAGAUUUAGUGUUGGUUCAAUAGACUCAGUCAUUUUGAGAGUUUAAGGCUGCAGAAGCCUCAAAUUUUGUUUUAUAUUAAAUCUGUUUAGGUGACAGAAAAACGUUACAUUAAUGCUUAGAUACUGGGAUGGACUUUUUUUUUUUUUUUUUUUGACAUUUCAUAGGUUAUAAUUGCCAAUUGCAGAUUAAUAAAUAAUUGAGCUGUGUUGCAGCUCUGUCGUGUACAUUUAAAGUCAUCAACAGACUUCCCUGUUGGGAAAACAAACCUUUCUAUUUAAAUAGACUUUGAUACUAUGUUGUACCUUCAUGUAGAAAUGAAUGUACAUGGAAAAAAUGGGGGGGGAAAGCACUGGACAAAAAUAAGCUCCUACCUUGGGACAUUAUUAAUUUGUAAUGCUUCGCACUUUAUAUACUCUUUUGCACUUUAGCCUGUUCUUUGCACUUUAGCACAUGCACUUUAACUCAUGACCUUCAAGCACUUUAUAAUGUAGGCUAGACUAUGUCAUGUUUGUAAAUUCGCUGCUGUUUCUAUGGAUUGUUUUGCUCUCUAAUGUAUCAUGUGGAUAUCAUGUAUUUUAUAUACUAGUAGUAGUAUAUAAAGUGCGAAGCAUUACAAAUUAAUAAUGUCCCAAGGUGGGAGCUUAUUUUUGUCCAGUGCUUUUCUUCUCCUCAGCUCGGUGAGUAUCUACAGACU